GGGGAGCAGGUUGGUCGGGUUCUCAGACUCAGACAGUUUGUGCGAGAGACACAGUCGCUCCGUCGCCCUCCUGCCAUUGGGCCAAACAGCAAUAGAACCAUUGGAUUUCCUCGGAUAUUUACACUCCACAGCUUUCCGGCUUAUUUUCUGCUCCACCAAUGAAGGCAGAUGAAGUGCAAGCUGACAUGCCCAGCAGUUGCUUACAUUGUGACAAGGUGGUGGGCUUCUCCCUGCAGCCCCCCUUCUGUGUGACUGUCAGGGUGCUGAUCCUCCUGCUCUGUGUUACAGGGGGCAUCUGUGGGGUCGUGCAGACAGAGAAGAGCAUCACUGCAGUGCUGGGCAUGGAUGUUACCCUUCCCUGUUAUUACCAGGCAGAAGCAGAUGAGAAGGUGGCACAGGUUGUUUGGACAAAGAAAGGAAUGAAUGGACAGAAUAUGGAUAUUGUUAUUCUGAACACUGAAUAUGGAGCCAACAUAUUUGGUACCUAUGAGGGACGAGUAAAAGAAAAAGCCCCCUCUAACCCAACAGAUGGGGGCAUUAUUCUGAAGAAUGCAGUACAAGCUGAUGAAGGGACCUACCAGUGUCGCGUCAAUACAUUCCCAGCAGGAAACUUUGAUGCUGAACUGGAGCUGAAAGUGCUGGUUCCUCCCUUGCCCACCCUGAGCCCCGGGCCCCCACUGACUGAGGGAGAAGGCAAAUCUCUGGUAGCCUCAUGCACAGCAGAAGGCAAUCCUGUUCCAACUGUCAUUUGGGAGACAGAAGUGGAGGGAACCAAUUCGACUCAUAACUAUAACCACCAACGAUCUGCCUCUGUGACUAGUGAGUUCUAUGUGGUACCCACCCGCCGCAUGAAUGGCAAGGCACUCACCUGUGUGGUCUCUCACCCUGGCUUCCAGCAAGAGAAAAGGAUCACCCAUGUUCUGGGAGUGAGAUAUCUGGGAGAAAUCUUAAUUCAAGGACAUGAAGAUGGCUGGUUUGUUGGGAAAGAGGGGGCCACAUUACAAUGCCAGGCUGAGGGGAACCCACCACCAACAUACACUUGGUCCAGGUUGAAUGGGUCUCUCCCAGCAGAGAUAAAGACUGUAGGGAACACGUUGCACUUUCUCAGAGGUCUGGGAGCAGAAGACGCCGGGGUCUAUGAAUGUCAGGCAACCAAUGGAAUCAGCAGAAGGAGCACCAGGGCCACUGUUUCUAUAUCAGAAUACGAGGCAAGAAAAAUCGAUUUAGUGUCGCUGUCACUGGGCUCGGUUGGAGUUCUGACCGGAAUCCUACUGGUGGUCCUGGUCAUUACUCUACUCCUGGUCAACCGGCAUCACAAGAGGAGAACCAAGCAGCUCUCUGAGAAAAUUGAGGAACUUUCCACUCUCUCCAGGCAGGCGUCACGGAGGAGGCUAAACUCUACUACAGCCAGUACAGAUACUCGCCUCCAGCUGGAAGAAGGAAUCCACCUGAGGUCUGGAAUGCAUUGUGACAGUCUGAGAGAUCCAAGUAUUAGUUCCAUGAUGGGGGAAGAGGCUGACAGACGAAGUUACUCCACUCUCACCACAUUAAAGGAAACAGAGACCCAGACCGAGCUUUUAUCUACAGUCCCAGAUGAAGAGAUGAUAGAAGUUGGUGAAGAAACAGAGCAAGUGGAGCAGUCGCAAGAGAAAGAGUCAAACCCCACGGAGGUAGACGGCACAGUCGGAGUGGCCAACCAACCGUUCAUCAAACAGGGAAUGUCCCACUUCCACCAAGAGAAUGGCACAUUGAGGGCAAAGCCCAGCGCCAAUGGUAUUUACAUCAAUGGAAGGGGGCACCUUGUAUAACAAGACCAUUCACCCUCAUGGGAAAUGUGCCAAUAGCACCAGGACUGAAUACUGAAGUUAAAAAGAACUUUCUUUUACAAACUUCUAAGGAUUAUUGUGCCAAAAGGGGAACUUUUUGAGAAGGUUCUUUUCUCCCAGCUGCCUUAUCCCCUUCUUACCAUGACCUUCAGUGUAUACAACCUUCUAAGAUGAUUGCCUUGGGUUGGGGCAAAAUCACAUUCACCCUAUUGUUACCUGCACAAAAACAACAAGUGACCUUGAUACCACUGCUGGGAAAGUAUUCAUUUUGCACAGGACUCUUCCAACCUGUACCGAUUUGAGAGGAGAAUGAGCUGAAGUGUCCUCAGUGGUCCUCAUACUCAGCAGGAAUGAGACCAUUUUCCAGCAGGGGACCAAUGUGUUUUUGUGCUAAGGGACAAUGAAUAAAAACAUACCUUAUGUACAUGGACAUAUAACAUACAUGAACAAACAAGACCCUAGGAACAAGAGUGACCAAUGAACUUCCGUUUCUGGAUAUCAGUGAUUAAUUUGCCUCAUUAGUUACUUAGAAUUAAUGGGAUUUCACAAGACAGGACUGGGCAUCAGCUUCCUUCUGGAGGCAACAUGACCUACUGUCCCCAGACUCUUGGUGACUAUUUGAGCCAAUGCAGAAGAGUCUUUGUCAGCCAUAAUCUGGGUAAAAAUGCAUACCAUUUGGGACAUUUAUUGCACUAUUUAGCAUUCAGUGGCCUGCUGGUGGGACUAUGUGACAUAUUCAUGGUGAGACUGCUGCUGGGAACAAAUUCCCCUUGGUGGGACUGAGCUCCUGUUUGUUGAAACAAAACAUGUGGGAGUUUGGCGCUUCCUACUGUUGGCACUGAGGGACUUCCUAUUUGUGAGACUGUGACUUUUCCUGCGUAAGGGACUUUGGAAUUUCCAGUUGGUGUCGGUGGCACUAUGGGACAUUCUUCUUGUUGAACUGUGGUAGUGAGGAACUUCCUGCUUGUGGCACUAAGGAACAUCCUGCUCACUAAACUGUAGGACUUCCUGCUUGUAGAACUAUGGGAGUGGGGACUUCUUGUUGGUGGCACUAAAUAACUUCCUGCUCAUUAAACUGUGGGACUUCCUGCUUUUAGAACUAUGGGGAUGGGGACUUCCUGUUGGUGACUCUAAAGAACUUCCUUUUCACUAAACUCUGAGACUUCCUGCUUGUAGAACUAUAGGAGUGUGGACUUCUUGUUGGUAACACUCAAGAACUUACUGCUCACUCAACUGUGGGACUUCCUGCUUGUAGAACUAUAGGAGUGGGUAUUUCCUGUUGGUGGCACUGAAGAACUUCCUGCUCACUAAACUGUGAGACUUCCUGCUUGUAGAUCUAUGGGAGUGGGAACUUCCUGUUGGUGGCACUUGAAAACUUCCUGCUCACUAAACUGUGGUAUUUCCUGCUUGUGGAACUAUGGGAGUGGGGACUUCUUGUUGGUAACACUCAAGAACUUCCUGCUCACUAAACUGUGGGACUUCCUGGUUGUAGAACUAUAGGAGUGGGUAUUUCCUGUUGGUGGCACUGAAGAACUUCCUGCUCACUAAACUGUGAGACUUCCUGCUUGUAGAACUAUGGGAGUGGGAACUUCCUGUUGGUGGCACUUGAAAACUUCCUGCUCACUAAACUGUGGGACUUCCUGCUUGUGAAACUAUGGGAGUGGGGACUUCUUGUUGGUGGCACUAAGGAACGUCUGUCCUGCUUGUAGAACUAUGGGAGUGGGGAUUUCUUGUUGGUGGCUCUAAGGAACUUCCUGCUUGUAGAAUUAUGGGAGUGGGGACUUCCUGUUGGUGGCACUAAAGAACUUCCUGCUUGUAGAACUAUAGGAGUGGGGACUUCCUGUUGGUGGCACUAAAGAACUUCCUGCUGACUAAACUGUGGUUCUUCCUGCUUGUGGAAUUAUAAGAGUGAAUUAUUCUCACUUAACUGUGGUGCUUCCUGUUUGUGGAAAUAAGAGGCCAAAGUGUGAGCAGGAGUUUGUGGCCAGGGAGACUGUACCUGUAUGUAAGAAGUAGACCACUCGGUGAAAGACUCAAGAAGAACAAGUAUUUGUCUGGUAAUGGAAAAAGCACUUGGAUUCGACCCAUUUUGGGAAUAGAUAAAGCUAACUGCUCAUGAUGUGCAGAAAGCUGCUGUUUGUACUAAUAUUGUAAUGGCUUUAUUCCUAAUCGUUGGUACUGUUAUAAGGCUGUUCUACAGUUCUCUAUUCAUAUGUGUAAAUAAAAAUGUACAUUCUGAGUAA